GGAGGCCGAGGUGGGCUGAUGGACCGCGGUGGGCCCGGAGGGAUGUUUCGCGGCGGCCGUGGUGGAGACCGAGGCGGGUUCCGAGGAGGCCGUGGCAUGGACCGAGGGGGCUUCGGAGGGGGCCGGCGAGGAGGCCCCGGGGGCCCGCCUGGACCUCUUAUGGAGCAGCUAGGAGGCCGAGGCAGCAGGCGCGGAGGACCAGGGAAGAUGGACAAGGGGGAGCACCGUCAGGACCGCAGAGACCGGCCCUAUUAAGCGGCCAGGGACUCUUCCCCCUCUUUUUUUCCCUGCUGGACUGCAUUUACUACCAGAUUUAUUUUUUAAACCAGAAAAAUGUUUUAAAUUUAUAAUUCCAUAUUUAUAAUGUUGGCUCCAACAUUAUGAUGAUUCCUUGUCUGUACUUAGUAUUUUUCACUGUUUGUGGAGAAACAUUAAAACAAAAGUUAAAUGGGAGCGUGCCGAGUUAUUCUUUAUUCUUUUCCCUUUAUAAACAAAAACAAAAAGCCACAACAAAAAGAAAUGUGGUGGUUUAAUUAAAAACUCAUUUUUUGUUUGUUUUUUUAAAGCAAAGUUGUCAUGAGCAUGCCCAGUUAAAAUUGUUUUUGGAGGUGUCAGGAGGAUGGAAAUUUAAUGUAACCAAUGUUCGCGGUUGUGAUGUUUUCAUUUUCAUUUUUAUUUUCUUAAAUAAACUUCCAUAUGUUUGUAAAUGC